AUGGCUGAGAAUCAAGGAGAUUCUCCUAGAUUGGAUCAAGUGAUCAAUGGAGAGAACAGAGAUUUGUCGAAGGAUCUUAACAAUGGAGAUCCUCUUUACUUGCAAAGUUUUGAUCAUCCAAGGAUGAUUUUGGUCUCUACUCCACUGACAGGUAAUAAUUUCCUAACUUGGAGCAAAUCGAUGAUGAUUGCACUUGAAGCAAAGGUUAAGCUAGGGUUUAUUGAUGGAAGUUGUGAGAAACUUGAAAAGGAAUCACCUCUAUAUAAACAAUGGAAUAGAGUGAAUUGCAUGGUAAUUUCAUGGAUUUUGAACUCAAUGUCGAAAGAAAUUGCUGAGGCUUUCUUAUAUUCUGGAUCUGCCAAAGAAUUAUGGGAUGAGUCGCAAGAAAGAUAUGGAGAGAGAAAUGGUCCAAUGCUUUAUCAAUUGCAGAGAGAAAUAAGCACAAUCUCUCAAAACAACAUGUUUGUGGCUCAGUAUUAUACAAGAUUGAAAAGAUUUUGGGAUGAGUUGAACUGCCUACAGCCUAUUCCUCAUUGUGAAUGUGGUGCAGCAAGGUUAAUGUCAGAUAUUACUGAAUCAAAUAGGCUAAUGCAGUUUCUGAUGGGGCUUAACGAUAGUUUUGACAAUGCAAAGGACUAG